CUUUUUCUUCUAUGAAUUUAUUUUUAUUUUAUUUAUUUUUUGAAAUAAGAUUAAUUCCUACAUUAAUUUUAAUUGUAGGUUGGGGGUAUCAGCCUGAACGAUUACAGGCAGGAAUUUAUUUAUUAUUUUAUACUUUGUUAGUAUCUUUACCUAUAAUAAUUUCUAUUUUUUAUUAUUAUGAGAAAUUUUUUAAUUUAGAUUUCUAUUUUAUAAGAAAUAUAGUUAGAAAUAUUUAUAUAUAUAUAUGUAUGAAUAUGGCUUUUUUUGUUAAAAUACCAAUAUAUUUAGUUCAUUUAUGAUUACCUAAGGCUCAUGUUGAAGCUCCUGUUUCUGGUUCAAUAAUUUUAGCAGGUGUUUUAUUAAAAUUAGGGGGGUAUGGGUUAAUACGUUUAAUAUCAAUUUUUUUAAGAAUUGGUGUAAAAAUUAAUAUUAUAUUUAUUUUAAUUAGAUUAUAUGGGGGGUUAUUAGUUUCUUUAAUUUGUAUUCGUCAAAUUGAUAUUAAAUCUUUAAUUGCUUAUUCUUCAGUGGCCCAUAUAGGUAUAGUAUUGGGGGGAAUUAUAACUUUAACUUAUUGAGGUAUAUGUGGGGCUUUAGUAAUAAUAUUAGCUCAUGGUUUAUGUUCAUCAGGAUUAUUUUGUUUAGCAAAUAUUAAUUAUGAACGAUUUUCUAGACGAAGAAUAUAUUUAAAUAAAGGAAUAAUUAAUUUGAUUCCUAGAAUAAGAUUAUGGUGAUUUUUAUUAAGAAGAUCAAAUAUAGCAGCUCCCCCUUCAUUAAAUUUAUUAGGAGAAAUUAUAUUAAUUAAUAGAUUAGUUAGAUGAAAUAGAUUAAGAAUAUUAAUAUUAAUAUUUUUAUCUUUCUUUAGAGCUGUUUAUUCUUUAUAUUUAUAUUCUUAUACUCAACAUGGGAUAGUGUAUUCAGGUUUAUUUUCUUUUUUUACUGGUAUAGUACGAGAAUAUUUAUUAUUAAUGUUGCAUUGA